AAAAAAACGGAGACAACAACAACCACCACCAUAUUUAUAAUUGCAACAUCUGAACAGCUAGCUACACAUAGCACAGCAAAAAACGCAACAGCGAUUAAAGUAAUUGCAAAUUUAAUUAACUUACUAGACGACGGACAGCCCAGUCUGUCAGUCAGUCUGAGGCAGUGGCAUCAAAUACUGGUAGUGAACGGCAGCUGCAGUGAAACGCUAGUAGUUAGUCGUCAGUCAGUUAGUUAGUCUCUUUGGUUAAAACAAAAAAUUAUUGCCAUUGUUGUUGUCUCCAGUAAAGUGUAGUGUAGUUUGGUGGCAAGUGCAUGCAUGCAGUGACACUCUCACACAUGUCGAUAGGAGUGGUGGUAGUUAAGUAAUUACCUAUGCAUUCGCAAGUAAUGUGUGCGACAACAACAACAAUAGCAAUUGUGACAGGUCACGUGAUACGUCGAAAUAACAAAAACAACAACCUUCAACACAUCCAAGGGAGAUAAUUAUCUCCGCGAGGAGUAUUUGACAAAAAAAUAUAUUGAAACAAAAAAUUAAGUGAAAGUGUUUUUCUGAAAUUGAAUGUGGGUUUUUGAAGAAGAAGAAAAAUAGAGUAACAAUUAAAUCAAAACAAAUGUUUAAGUUUUUAGUGUAAUUUCUACACCCAGCCAUUCACUUCAUUUGUAGUGAGUGUUCACUUGAAAAGUGUUCCCAUCUCUGGAACAUUCCGUUGGUGUAUUAUGGAAAGUAACGCCUUUGGAAGCAGUCACAUACCGUCACAAGCAUUGGUCGUUUUAUCAGAGGCUGCUUCCGGUUUGCAUGAAGCAUUGAGAGGACAACGUCCAUUUCCCUCAAGGUAUCCCUUUUUGCAGUUACCUGACGCCAAAGAUCUCCACAACAUGUCACUAGUCGGCAGUUAUGGUUCUCAUUUGCUCCACAGUUUUCAUCCACAUCUCCUGCAGACCCUCAACCAUGGCAUGCUGGCGGCAAAUGGAACAGCCGCCGCUGCCAGUUAUUUUGCCAGCGAACGUGCUGCCUUGGGUAAGCCGUCGGUAUUGGGCAAUUUUCAAUUGCCAUCGGCCUUCUCACCUCCCAAGUACAUUGGAAUUUCCCUGGACCAGACUCUCUUUAAUGGCAACGAUUCAUUUCGCACUGACUCUGCCAGUCCCACUUGCACCUCACAUGAGUCCAUGGAGGGCUCAAACGAUUAUGACGCCGAAAAGGGUGAAAGUCCGCGCAGCAAUGCUUCCGAUCCCCGGGAUUUAAGGCAUACCCAUCGCUCUGACAAGCCCACAACAUCAUGUGCCUCCUCAAUGGCUGCUGUAUCGGCGGCAGCCGCAGCAGCGGUGGCCUCAAUUGCUUCCUCCCAGGCAGCAGCGGCGGCCUCUUCCAAUACAGUAAUGUCCCAUUUAUCACAUCAUCCCCAUCCCCAUGCCCAUCAUGCCGCUCAUCAUCUGCCCACCCUCAGUGCUCAUCAUCAUCACCAUCACCCCAACAGCAGUCUGCUGGCAGCGGCAAGUAUGAGCCACAGUUUGGGCUUGACCGCCCCUCCCGGCCUUAGGCCUCCACCUGGCCAUGUGCCCGAUAUGUGCCCGGUGUGUGGCAUUAAAUUGACGCCCGAAGAGUGGAACUCCCAUUUCCUGACCGAAUUGGAUCGUUUGUAUAAACUCAGUUCGGGCAUGGAACGUACGAAUUUACAGGCCACCUAUAUGUUUGCCCCACCCUGCCCCUCUCAAGAGAAUGCCAUAAGGACUAGCCAUAAUCGUUGGGAGACUUUCCAACGAAUACGCAACAAUCGCCAAAAUCGCUUACGCAUCAAAGUACGCAAACGAAAGUAUGGCGACAUGUAUUUCAUGGAGAACAUGUUCUGCAAUUCCUGUCCCAUUUGCAAAAGGAAAUAUGCUUUGGAAACUGGCAAAUUACCCCCAGAUGAGGAAAAUAAGCAUCACGAGGAAAUCGAGACGGUCGAUGUGGAAUCUUGUAAUGAUGAAAUGCCCGAUUCUAAUUCAGAAAUGCAGCAGGUUCAUCAUGCCCAUAUGCCAGCUCUCAGUGGGAGCAGCAGCCAUAGUAGUAGCCAUAGCAGUUCAAAUGGUGCAGGAAGCGGCGGAGCCGGAGGCGGAGGUGGCGCUGCUAGUACCAGUGGCACUGCCAAUCUACAUAAUAGCAAUAGUCAACCGGGAAAAUUGGAUGGCAUUCUAUAUAGGACAACAGCGUGUGUGAUCAACAAGGAUGGCGGUGGCCACAAUGCCGCAGGGGAGGAGGAUGUCAGCACAAAUGUGGCCACCACCAGCAGUAGUACCAGCAGUAAUAGCAGCAGUGCGGGCAGCACCACAAAUUGGACAGAAGCCCAUGCGGCUGCCUCCAGUAAUAAUAACCAUGGCAGUGGUCCUCAAGGACAUAUCUCAGUUAAAAAUGUCAGUGAAUUAUCUUCGACCACUCAUCAUUACUACAAUGCGGAUUCGUGCAAUGAAGAACGUACUCCCAAGGAUAUGUCCAUGGAUACAUGCAACAAUGACAGCGAUGAGGACGUCAUAGUUGAUGAUGAUGAUUCCAUAAAGAUGUCCCAAUAUUCAAAGAAGAGGAAAUACGAGGAGGCCAUGGUGGGCAGUAGUAGAAUUUCAGAUAAUCCUUCACCUGUGGAGGAGAGACCACGCUCUGAACCCCAAGUUACCAGUACCGAACCAAGUGUGGAACAUUCACUUAAUAGUAAUAACAACAACAACAACAACAAUACCACAAAGUACACAGCAUUUGAAGACUUGCGAAGCAAACAUCAACAACAUCACACCCAACAGCAGCAGCAGCAGCAGCAACCACCAAAUCAUCAGCAUUCAAUGGCCCAUCAAGCCAUCGAAAGAGAUUCACCCACAAUAGGACAUGGUCAUGGGGGAGGCCAUGGAGGCAUGUCUAUGACAGGACUAACGCAAUUGGACACAAAGGUGGGAAAUAGUUCGGAUAUUAAACCGGACGAAGAAGAUAGCAAAUGUUUCAUUUGUAAGACAGGUAUAAAGGACUUUGCAGCGGACACCUUUUUAAGAGGACGCAAUUUUUAUUUCCACCAAAGCUGUGCCAAUGUCAUGAGUAGCUAUCGUCUAAACAAGGAGCUGCAGCAACAGCAGCAUCAACAAACCGAGGUGGGUAGUACCGACAAGAAUAGUCCCCCAACAUCCCUGCAACAGCCCGCCCAGCACCAGCAUGUGGACAACAGUAAUUUGGGCUCCACACAAAAUGAAAGUUAAAUCAAGAAUUUAUUCAUGUCGAAGAGAAAAGAAAACCAUACCCACAGAGAGGCAAUUCUAUCGCAAUUUAAAGCAAAGGAUAAUUAAUAAUGUAAUUAAUACAAACAAAAGCAUAUACAUAUUUGAAUGUAGUUAAAAAUAUCCAAGUAUUGAAGUAAUCUUGAGGUGCUCUCAGAGGCCCAAAGAAAAGUCGCCCCAAAAAUCAAACCCCAACUAUGUAAAUUUUUUUUAUUAAUUUUUGUUUACUUUCAAUUGGAGUUUCUCUUUUGUAUAAAAACAUAUGCGUGUCUUGUUUUUGUUCUCAUUAAGUUUCUUCAUUCAACUCACCACCACCACCACCUUCUUUUUAGAAAAAUUUUCUGUUUUAACUAAAUUUAAUGCUAAAUGAAUGUGUAAUAAUAAAAAAAAAACGAAAACAAACAUAAAAAAAACUACCAUAGAUGUAUUUGCGUAUCCCCCAGUACGUGUAAUUGUUAUUCGUAAUUUUAACUAAAUCUACCAUAGUUUUAAAUCAUUUUAAAUUUAUGCAAAA